AUCCGAAAUGAAACUGUUCGUUUUUAUUGCUCUGGCGCUGCUUGGCUGCGCUGCUUGUGCUCAGUUGCCGGACUCUGCUACACAGGGACCGAAUCCGCAGGACAUUGCCACACCCGAACCUGAGUACAUUGAUAUCGAUGAGCCGGCACCGGCACCGGCACCAGCACGACCAGUUGCCGCGCCACGUCCUGUGGCACAUCCCGUGCAACGACCAGUACUGACGCAGGCACGUCCCAUUGCCCGGCCCGUUGCCAUCGCCCAGAACUUUGCCUAUGCCCAGCCUCAGUUGCAGCAGCGUGUGCAACAUUUGGUGCCACAGGUGCAUCAGCAGUUGCAGCAGUUGCAGCAGCCAAUUUUGCAGCAGCGUGUGCAGCAUUUGGCGCCACAGGUGGCAGGACAUGCGUACAGCAGCCAGAGCGGCUAUCAAUAUCGUCGUCCAGUCUAUGUAAGACGCUUCUAUCGUCAGCGCCGCUAUUAA